AUGACGCAUAUGAACCGAACAGAAUCCGAAGCAUCGUUGGGAAGUAAUUCGGAAAGAGCGUCGGCAGCAUCGAUCGAAGACAACGAUGAAAGUCUUCCAAUACUCGAUGAUGAUGAAAUUCGCGAAGUUCAAACGGCCUUUUCACAAAUGAUUGAUCAAACGUGUUCCAGUGGUGCAGCAGCUGACGGAAAUAUUUUUGAGCACACACCUAUUCCAUCCGAUUGGUCAUUUAUCUUUCGUUCGAUCGUUCCAACAAAUGAAUCUGUUCGACAACAUCCUGAGCACGAAUUACCUCGACAAUUUUUCAAAUACGACGAUGGACAAGGCGUGAAAUAUGCUUUCAAGGUGCUUGAUCGUCGUACGAGUAAACUAACAUACGAACAAAUGCCAUCGUACCAUAAAUACGGUAUGCGCUUAUUAUUCAGUGGUCCGUUGCAACGUGAAAUCUUACACACACGUGCUAUUAAAAGUUUCUUCGCUCGAGAAACAAAACGUUUGGGUAAAGCUUUCGACGAACCCAAAUCGCGAAAACACAUUCCAGCGUUUGUCAAAAUGUAUCAGAUAAAUCUGGAUGAGUUACUUCAUUCGAAUAUAGAAUCUUAUGCAACAUUCAAUGAGUUUUUCUAUCGAAAACUAAAACCAGAAGCUAGACCCAUUGCCAACCGACAUGAUCCAAAUGUGAUUGUGUCGGCUGCUGAUUGCCGUUUGAUCGUAUUUGAUAAUAUCAAUGAUGCCACACGUAUCUGGGUUAAAGGCCAUAAGUUUUCAUUGAAGCAUCUAUUUGAUGACGCGACUUUGGCCGAAGAAUUCAACGGUGGUUCGAUUGCUAUCUUUCGUUUAGCACCGGUUGAUUAUCAUCGAUUUCAUUCGCCAAUCGGUGGCAAAAUUGGCGCACAUGCAAAACAAAUAAGUGGAACGUACUAUACGGUGAAUCCAAUCGCCAUAAAGGAAAAUUUAGACGUUCUGACAAAAAAUCAACGAACUGUGAUUACUAUCGAGUGUGAAUCUUACGAAAAAGUUGCUUUCGUAGCUGUCGGUGCACUACUCGUCGGAUCAGUCAACUUUACUGUUGAACCGCAUCAACCUGUUGAGAAAGGAGAUGAACUUGGCUAUUUUGCAUACGGCGGUAGUACUAUAGUUGUUGUUUUCAAAGCAGGUAUGGUGAAAUGGGAUGACGAUAUCCAUCACAAUUCAGAUAAUUCCAUGGAAACUCUUGUUCGCAUGGGUGAACAAAUCGGUCGACGCCGAACUAACGACGAACGUCGGGAAUAUUUAGCAAAUGUACCCAGUGAUACCACAAAAAACUCGACAAUAAACCAGCUUUUUAGUUACUUUCCUCGACACGAGCAUAUCAAAUGA